AUGGCCACUGAACUUAGCUGUAACAUGUGCCGUUUCUGCUUAAAGCAGACCGAUUGCACUAAGUUUUUUAAGUUGUUCAAUUCCGAAGAAGAAUGCAGCCAGUUACAAGUGCUUUUGGGGACAGAGAUGCUCCCUACCGAUGAAUAUACAAAUGUUUGCACUGAGUGCGAAACCAACAUCAGUCUAGUCUUCAGCAUUAUGACCGAGAUUCGAAGAAUAAACAGCAUUUUCUGUUCACUUUUGCGUCUACAGCAGGAGACGAAGUUGCUACAUACAAUCUAUCAAGAAUCAAGUAUGCAUACCUCAUACGAGACCGAUAUAUUGGAAGAAGCUGGUACGGAUGAGCCAAGCAAAAUGCAAGUUGAAAAGCUCUCGUCCGACGAUGAAGAAUAUUUGUACGAAUAUAACAACGAAUCGAUAGGAAUCGAUGGAACCACAUCGAGAACGCAUCGAAACGAUCAGGAACAUAAAUGUUUCAUUUGCAAAUCGUUCACCGAGACGAGCCACAACAUAAAGAAACAUCUUGAUGCAUCACAUAAAAACGUUGUCGUUCCACACAAGUGUUUGACAACAUUAAGCAGCAUUUUCGAAAGGAACGAUCAUAUGCUCACCCAUCAAUGGUCGACCGGAUGUUUGUACUGUGAAAACAUAUUUCAGUCACAGACAGAACUGAAUUUACAUCAAAAAGAAUGUACGGGAUAUCAAUGCACUGGUUGCAGCCAAAGCUUUUCCUUCAUUCAUGACCUGUUGCGACACAACUCCUGCGGGGCGACUGAUGAAGAACGCUUGUGUAAGAUCAGCCACUUGAUAAAUGUCGAUGGUGAUCUUGAUAAAAAUGAGGAUUUGUGCAAACAUAUUGGACAGUUUCAUGCAGAAGAGCAGGAAAUGAAAUUCCAAAGGUGUGAUCUGUGUCCCAAACAGUUCACCUCUAUUGCCGCUGCCCGGCAACACCGAGCAGCACAUAAUACAAAAAGUACAUUCCAAGAGAAGCCCAUAGCUACCAAAGUUAUACCAGAGCGUUCAAAUGAAUGUUUUAUUUGCCGGAUUAGAUUCAAAUUUCAUCGCGAUUUGCUACAACAUCUAGCAAAGCAGCACGCGGACGUUUCCGUGAAACUGUACCAAUGUGCGAUAUGUGAUAAGAAGUUAACCACUGAAGCCAAGCUAGAGAAGCACAACUACAAUACGCACCAAGGCCGACAACCGAAGUACUUUUGUUCGUUCUGUGGACGUUCGUUUAACAAACGAAUCGCGCUGCAAGAUCACGAAAAUAGUCACCGUGGCAGGAAAACAUAUCACUGCAACGUUUGCAUUCGUGAUUUCACGUACAAAAGCUCUUUCGAUCGGCACAUGCAGGUUGUGCACAGUGACACCAAGAAUUUCACCUGCGAGUAUUGCCACAAAAGCUUUAAACGGAAACCAACGCUGACGGUUCAUUUACGAUUGCAUAUGGGUGAGAAACCGUACCAGUGCGAACUUUGUAGCCGUCAAUUCACAGAUCCUAGCUCGUUUCAUAAACACAAGCACAGGGAACAUGGACUAUAA